UUCUGGAAAACAUUAACAACACCAAUGAAUGGCUUGAUCUUCACUCUUAGCUCCAGAUGACUUGUGGUGGUGUUCGUAAGGAUGUCGUCUGUUACUGAAAAUGGAGAUGUUACUGCUGGAAAGCCAAAUGAAGAGAAAACAUAUAAAAAGACUGCAUCUUCAGCUAUUAAAGGUGCUAUCCAGCUGGGAAUAGGAUACACAGUAGGAAACCUUACAUCAAAACCGGACAGAGAUGUUCUUAUGCAAGACUUCUAUGUAGUGGAAAGUGUCUUCCUACCAAGUGAAGGGAGCAAUCUCACCCCUGCUCAUCAUUACCCUGACUUCAGAUUUAAGACGUAUGCACCUCUUGCCUUCCGCUAUUUCAGAGAACUUUUUGGUAUCAAGCCUGAUGAUUACUUGUACUCAAUCUGCAGUGAGCCUUUAAUUGAAUUAUCCAACCCAGGUGCCAGUGGGUCCUUAUUUUUUGUAACUAGUGAUGACGAGUUCAUCAUCAAAACAGUUCAACACAAAGAGGCUGAGUUUCUUCAGAAGCUCUUGCCGGGUUAUUAUAUGAAUCUGAACCAGAAUCCAAGAACUCUUCUACCCAAAUUUUACGGGCUGUACUGCGUUCAAUCAGGAGGCAUUAAUAUUAGAAUUGUUGUAAUGAACAAUGUUUUGCCACGAGCCUUGAAAAUGCAUUUCACAUAUGACUUGAAAGGCUCCACGUAUAAACGGAGAGCAUCAAGAAAAGAGAGGGAGAAGUCCAACCCUACAUUCAAAGACUUGGAUUUCUUGCAAGACAUGCAUGAAGGGUUGUAUUUUGACUCUGAAACACAUAGCGCGCUAAUGAAAACACUACAGCGGGAUUGUCGAGUUCUAGAAAGUUUUAAGAUCAUGGAUUACAGUCUGCUUUUGGGAAUCCACAUACUGAACAGUAACAUGAAGGAAAAAGAAGGAGAGAGUUCCCAGAGCACAUCAGAUGCAAAACGUCCUGGAGGGCAGAAAGUUCUCUAUUCCACAGCCAUGGAGUCUAUACAGGGCCCUGGGAAGUCGGGGGACUCUGUCACCACAGAGACAGCAAACACAAUGGGAGGUAUUCCAGCUAAAAGCCACAAAGGAGUAAAGCUGCUUCUAUUUAUGGGUAUUAUUGAUAUUCUUCAGUCUUACAGAUUAAUGAAGAAGCUGGAACAUUCUUGGAAGGCUCUCGUUUAUGAUGGGGAUACUGUUUCAGUUCACCGACCAAGUUUUUAUGCAGACAGAUUUUUGAAGUUUAUGAGUACAAGAGUUUUCAAGAAAGUUCAAGCUUUAAAGUCUUCACCUUCAAAGAAACGGUGCAAUUCCAUCACAGCCCUAAAGGCAACAUCACAAGAAAUAGUGUGUGCGGUUAGCCAGGAGUGGAAGGAUGAAAAGCAUGGCAUUCUUGCUGAAGGACAAAGCUAUGCUAGCCUUGAUGAAGAAGUACUAGGUUCACGCCACCAGCCGGAUCUAGUGCCAAGCACUCCAUCUCUGUUUGAGGCAGCUUCCUUGGCAACCACAAUUUCUUCUUCUUCCUUGAAUGUAGAUGAGCAUUAUCAACGUGACCAAUCUAUGCUCUAUUCUAGCAGUAAAGGGUUGCCUUCGAGUUCAACAUUCACUUUAGAAGACAGUGCCAUCUAUUUGACUUCAGAACAAAGCACGCUGGAAAUGGAAAAUGAUAAUGCUUCCGUUUUGGAUGUCUACUUA